AUGGUCAACCAGCAGAGAAAUAUUGGGUAUGAGACUCCUACCUCCUCAAAUGUGGAUCCCGAUACUUCAAAGACCGCGUUCCUCGACCGAGCAACUCUGGUGAGCGAAACUCAAGAUGGGGUUCGCAUCAUAGAUGAACAAGAGGAGGAGAACCUCUCUAGAUCUCUAGGUCAAAGACAUAUUCAGAUGAUCGCUCUGGCUGGAGCAAUUGGCACAGGACUGUUUCUUAGUCUGGGUGGAGCACUUCAGACAGGUGGACCACUUGGAGCACUUCUCGGAUAUGGAAUUGUUGGCUUGGUAGUCUGCGCUGUUCAAUUUGCUUUGGGAGAAACAUCUGCUCUUUUUCCGGUCACAGGAGCCUUUGUUCGACAUGCGGAUAUCUUGGUCGAUCCGGCUCUUGGGUUCGCGGUCGGCUGGAACGUUGUUUAUGGAUCAUACCUUGGUGUUCCAUCUGAGAUAUCUGCCGCUCUUGUACUGAUUGAAUUCUGGACGGACAAAUAUCCUGCUUUGUGGAUUACGCUUCUAAUCAUCAUCACUUUCCUGGUUGGUAUCAUUUUCGUUGGUGUUUAUGGCGAAGUCGAGUUCUUCUUCGCGCUUAUUAAGAUACUUUUGGUUGUUGGGGUCAUUAUCAUGGGUCUUAUGAUAGACUUGGGAGGCGUUCCCGGCCAGGAACGAAUUGGCUUUCGGUACUGGAAGAAUCCCGGACCAUUUGUUGAGUACCUAGUUCCUGGUUCUCUUGGAAGAUUCUUGGGAUUCUGGGCAGUAAUGAUCAAUGCGGUCUACUCCUUCUCUGGGAUCGAGAGUUUAUCCGUAGCUGCUGCAGAAACGAAAAGCCCUCGGCAGAACAUUCCAAAGGCGUGUCAUCGAGUUUUUGCGAGAGUCUCACUGUUUUACAUCGUGUCAGUCUUCAUUGUUGGAUUGAUAGUCCCAAGUAACGACUCAGCACUGAAUGACGAUUCUGGUACAGCAGCCCAAAGCCCCUUUGUCAUUGCUGCGACGCGAGCAGGCAUCAAGGCGGUUCCAUCGAUCAUCAAUGCUGUCGUCUUGACUUCAGCCUGGUCGUCUUCCAACCAAGCCAUGCUUGCAGGAACUCGAAUUCUUUAUGGCCUGGCAUUAAAAGAUCAAGCACCAAAAAUCUUUCUACGAACAACGAAAUGGGGGAUUCCAUAUGUUUGUGUCCUACUUCAGACUGCUGUUGCAUGCUUAGCAUUUCUGAGCUUGUCGAAUGGGGCUUUGACGGUCUUUUACUGGUUAUUGGAUCUUACUGCAGCUGGCACACUUGUUUCGUGGGCAACCAUUCUGUUCAAUCACAUUCGAUUACAUCAAGCUUUACAGAAACAAGGGAUUGUGCGACAAGAACUUCCAUGGCAUCACUGGUGGACGCCAUACUCAUCGCGGAUCGGCCUGGUCUUUUGCAUUCUCUUCCUCUUUACUGGCGGGUUCUCAGUCUUCAUCAAGGGCAAUUGGGACACAACUUCUUUCAUAUCAUCAUACCUGGACAUCCCAAUUGUCAUCGUUUUGUAUGGCGGCUGGAAAAUCUUCAAACGAACAAAGAUCCUUCCACUGGAACUAGUUCCAAUUCGAGCAGCACUGGAUGAGAUGAAUGACAAGCCGGAGGACCCUAUACCACCACCGAAUGGAUGGAAGAGAUUGAAUAUCCUGUGGUGA